UGGCGCACAACAUCGCGCUCAUAACGCUCCUGUGGAUCUCUCGCGAUCGUCGUUUUUCGGAGUUGGUACCGGAUCGAAUCGAGAUCGGGUCCCCAACUCUUGGAAUUUUCUUUCCGAUUGUCUUGGAAAAGACAUCUUCUACACUACGUGCGCGUGUGUGAGUGUGUUAGUGCUGUGUGAAGUGGAGUUUAUAAAAAGAAGUUGAAAAGUGUUUGCUGCAUCAACAAAAAUAAAAACACCCAAGACGACCUGUGUGUUUUUGUUUUGUCUGUAUAACAGAAAAUUCAUUUUUUUUGGACAACUUCACCUGCAGUCAUCGCCCAAGGAAUAGAUAUAGAUAGAAUAUCACGAUCUUGUAGCUGAAAAGAAAUAUCCGCUACCAAAAAAGCAGAAUGAAUGAAUAAAAGUUUUGAAAUAAAAAAGAGGAAGUGAAGCAGUGGGAAAGAUUUUUUCUAACGAGGAUCACGUGGCCAACUUUAAGAGAUCCCUACAAAAACGAACGAAAAGAAAAGCAACUGAUUAAAGUCCCGGCCGGAAGUGCCCCAGUGGAACGCGACCCCAACAACAGAGAGCCAGAUCGCGAUGUUGGAACUGAGGCUUAUCGUGGUCAUUGUGCUCGGCCUGCUCAGCAGCCAGUGGAGCCCAGUGGAUUCCCAGAGACCGCCCCAGCAUGGUCGACGGGAACGUCCAAAGUAUACGCCAAGUAAAUUUGUUAAGACUCAUCCUUGCGAGAGAUCCUCCUGUUACCCGGCAACGGGUAAUCUUCUGAUCGGCAGAGAAAACCGACUAACAGCCAGUUCGACUUGCGGUCUGCAUUCGCCGGAGAGAUUCUGCAUCCUGUCCCAUCUGCAGGACAAGAAGUGUUUCCUUUGUGACACGCGCGAGGAGACCAAGCACGAUCCCUACAAAAAUCAUCGCAUCGGGCAGAUCAUAUACAAAACCAAGCCUGGUACCAAUAUACCCACUUGGUGGCAAUCGGAGAAUGGCAAGGAGAAUGCUACCAUACAGUUAGAUCUGGAGGCGGAAUUCCACUUCACCCAUUUGAUCAUAACCUUUACCACUUUCCGACCCGCGGCCAUGUAUAUCGAAAGAUCAUUUGAUUUCGGAGAGACGUGGCAUGUCUAUAGGUAUUUCGCCUACGACUGCAAGGAAUCCUUCCCAGGAGUACCAACUGUCUUUGAAAACAUCACCGAUGUCAUGUGUACUUCGAGGUACUCCAAUGUGGAGCCUUCUAGAAAUGGUGAGGUCAUCUUUAGGGUAUUGCCACCUAACAUCAAUGUUACGGACCCCUAUGCGGACCACGUGCAGAAUCAACUUAAGAUGACCAAUCUCCGAAUUCAGAUGACCAAACUGCACAAGCUGGGAGACAAUCUUUUGGAUAGCAGGUUGGAGAACGAGGAGAAGUACUACUAUGGUAUCUCCAACAUGGUUGUUCGAGGAUCCUGCUCUUGCUAUGGUCACGCCUCCCAGUGUCUUCCAUUGGAUCCCGCGUUUUCUCAGGCGGAUAAUGAAGAUGGCAUGGUUCAUGGCCGAUGCGAGUGCACCCACAACACCAAGGGAAUGAACUGUGAACAGUGCGAGGACUUCUUCAAUGAUCUGCCCUGGAAGCCGGCCUUUGGAAAGCAAACGAAUGCCUGUAAGAAAUGCGAGUGUAAUGGUCACGCCGUAAGCUGUCGCUUCGAUGAAGCCGUGUUCAUCGCAUCUGGAUUAGUUUCCGGCGGAGUGUGCGACCAUUGUCUGCACAAUACCCAGGGACAGCACUGUGAGGAGUGCAUGCCUUUCUUCUACCGCGAUCCGGAGCAGGAUAUAAGAUCCGAAAAUGUUUGCCAGCCGUGUGACUGCGAUCCCCAAGGUUCGUUGGACGAUGGUAUCUGUGAUUCGGUAAGCAAUCCGGAGAGUGGGGCCGUAGCAGGCGCCUGUCAUUGCAAACCCUUCGCCACGGGACGUCGUUGCAAUAAGUGCAAGGAUGGCUACUGGAACCUACAGCAGGAUAAUCCCGAAGGCUGCGAGGCCUGUACUUGCAAUAUCCUGGGUACUCUGAACAAUUCCGGAUGCGUUAUGCGGACGGGAGAGUGCAAGUGCAAGAAGUAUGUCACGGGCAAGGACUGUAAUCAAUGUAUGCCGGAGACCUAUGGCCUCUCGGAAUCGCCAGAGGGAUGCUCUUUCUGUAACUGCGAUAUUGGAGGAUCCUACGAUAAUUUCUGCGAUGUAAUUAGUGGCCAGUGCCGCUGCAGGCCUCACAUGACAGGAAGAUCUUGCUCCCAGCCGAAACAGAAUUAUUUUAUUCCUUUGCUGCCGGAAGUCCAUGAAGCGGAGGUGGUUGAUGAAUGCAUUUCCUAUGGAGCUAAUGGUAACUGCAGCUUGGUAGCUCCAACUUCGGAUGGUACAUUUACAGGCAUUGGUUUCACCAGGGUUCCUGAGAAUUCGGAAUUGGUCUUCACAGUCGGAGACAUUCCACGUUCCAUGCCCUACGAUGUGGUUAUUCGUUAUCAGAGCACAUCUAGAGGAGAUUGGGAAGAUGCUUUCAUUACUCUGGUGAGGCCCGAUCAAGUGGACCCCGAGGGAGGAUGCGGAGAAGUAGCUGCUGCCACCUCAUCGGAAACCAGGAUACCAUUUUCUCUUCCCGAUCGCAGUCGUCAGGUGGUGGCGCUGAAUGAGGUUUGCCUGGAGGCUGGAAAGGUUUAUAAGUUCCGAAUCUAUUUUGAGCGAAGGCGUCACGAUUCAGACAGUCCCACGGCGACGAUUCUAGUGGACUCCCUAACACUCAUUCCUCGCAUCGAUGUAACCCCCAUCUUCCAAGGCUCCGUACUGGCCGAUCUUCGUAGGAAGGAUUAUGAAAAAUACAACUGCAACUACUCCUUGUACGAUAUGAACUAUAAGUCCGAUCCGAAAUGUCAGAACCUGGACAACAUUCUGAGUGUCUUUGUCCACGACGGAGCCAGCAUGUGUAACUGCAAUCCCACGGGAUCGCUGAGUAAGGUGUGCGAGUCCAACGGAGGAUACUGUCAAUGUAAGCCCAAUGUGGUAGGCAGGCAGUGCGAUCAGUGUGCCCCGGGCACCUAUGGCUUCGGUCCGGAAGGUUGCAUGGCCUGUGAUUGUAACAGCAUCGGUUCCAAGGACAACAAUUGCGACUUGAUCACCGGCCAGUGCCAGUGCGUGCCGAAUACCUACGGCAGGGAGUGUAAUCAGUGCCAGCCAGGAUACUGGAACUUCCCUGAGUGCAAAGUUUGCCAGUGCAAUGGUCAUGCGGCGCAGUGUGAUCCCAUCCAUGGAACCUGUCUGGAUUGCCAGGACUCGACCACUGGUUUUAGCUGCGACAGUUGCUUGGAUGGUUACUACGGAAACCCUCUUUUCGGAAGUGAGAUCGGAUGUCGGCCAUGCCGCUGUCCGGAGACAGUGGCCAGUGGAAUGGCCCAUGCGGAUGGCUGCUCCCUGGACACACGGAACAACAACAUGCUGUGCCACUGCCAGGAAGGAUAUUCCGGCUCCCGCUGCGAGAUCUGUGCGGAUAACUUCUUCGGCGUGCCAGAUAACGGUGGAACCUGCAACAAGUGCGAGUGUAGUAACAACGUGGAUCUCUAUGACACUGGAAACUGCGAUCGUCAGACAGGAGCUUGUCUGAAGUGUUUGUAUCAGACUACCGGAGAUCACUGCGAGCUCUGCAAGGAUGGAUUCUUCGGGGACGCACUGCAGCAGAAUUGCCAGCAAUGUGACUGCGAUUUCCUCGGAACGAACAACACCAUAGCUCAUUGCGAUCGUCACACGGGACAGUGUCCAUGCUUGCCGAAUGUCCAGGGCUUGCGAUGCGAUCAGUGCGCCCUGAACCACUGGAAGAUUGCCUCUGGCGAGGGAUGUGAAGCCUGCAACUGCGAUCCCAUUGGAGCUCUCCAUGAACAGUGUAAUUCCUAUACUGGACAAUGUCAAUGCAAGCCAGGAUUUGGUGGCAGGGCCUGUAAUCAGUGUCAGGCUCAUUACUGGGGCAAUCCCAACGAGAAGUGCCAGCCCUGCGAGUGCGACGAAUAUGGAGCUGCUGACUUCCAGUGCGAUCGGGAGACGGGCAAUUGUGUUUGCCAUGAAGGAAUUGGUGGCUACAAGUGUAACGAGUGCGCCAGAGGUUACAUUGGUCAAUUCCCACAUUGCUCACCUUGUGGUGAAUGCUUCAACAACUGGGAUUUGAUCUUGAGUGCCCUGGAGGAUUCGACGACAGCCACUAUCCUGCGAGCCAAGGAAAUCAAGCAAGUCGGAGCCACAGGAGCCUACACGUCCGAGUUCAGUGAACUGGAUAAGAAACUGCAACACAUCAGGAAUCUACUGCAGAAUACCUCUGUUAGUCUCGUGGACAUCGAGAAACUGGAUGCGGAAACCAAUACCCUCAAGCAACAACUCCAGGCAUCCCAUGGCAGACUAAGCGAAACCGAAAGGAAUCUUGAUGGUAUAUACAACUCUCUGAGUUUGUCGGGCGUUGAGUUAGAACGUCUGCAAAAUCACUCCAAGUUGGUGCAACAACUGUCUAAGGAACUGAAGGAGAACGGCAUACAACUCCAGGAGUCAAACAUCGAGGGAGCUUUGAACCUCACGCGACAUGCUUAUGAAAGGGUUAGCAACUUAUCGACCCUCAAGGACGAAGCCAACGAACUAGCCUCGAAUACAGAUAGGAAUUGCAAGAGAGUAGAAACCCUGUCCAACAAGAUUCAAGCUGAGGAGGAGGACUUGGCCAACAAUAACCAAUUGAUUGCCAACUAUAGGACAGAAUUGACUUCCCUAACCUCUCAAAUUCCCGAACUGAAUAAUCAGGUUUGCGGCAAGCCAGGCGAUCCCUGUGAUGGUUUGUGUGGUGGAGCUGGUUGCGGCGUUUGUGGCGGAUUUUUGUCCUGCGAACAUGGUGCCAAAACCCACUCGGAAGAAGCUCUUAAAGUAGCCAAGGAUGCCGAGGCGGCCAUUACCAACAAAAAGGAUCUGGCAGAUCAAACUAUACGGGCUCUAACCCAGGCCAAGUUGAAUGCCUCUGAGGCCUAUGAGAAGGCCAAGAGGGGCUUCGAGCAAUCCGAGCGUUAUCUGAAUCAAACCAAUGACAGUAUCAAGAAGGCUGAAGAAUUAUUCACAGCUCUCAACAACUUCCAGGAGAACAAAGACAGCCCUCCAUCGGAGAGCAAAGAAUUGGCACAGAAGACAUUGGACUUGGAUCUAAAACUGGAACCUGCAGAGAUUGAGUCCCUGGGAGACCAGAUCAAUAAGGCUGUCUCUUCCCUGAAGAACGUAGAAGCUAUCAUCUACAGAACCAAACCCGAUUUAGAUCGGGUCAAUAAUCUGCAAAGCAUUGCCAAUGCCACCAAGGAGAAAGCCGAUAAGAUCCUGGAGUCUGCUAAUUCUGUUGUGGAAAGUCUGGCGGCUGCUGAUGAGUCCCAAGGAAAAGCCAAGGAUGCUAUACAGCAGGCUAACAGCAACAUUGAACUGGCCGGCCAGGAUCUCGAGAAGAUUGACGAAGAAACGUAUUCAGCUGAGGCUCCAGCCAACAAUACAGCCCAGCAGGUUGAGAAAUUGGCCAAGAAAGUGCAGAAACUUCAGAAUAAUAUCGUGAAGAACGAUCGGGAUGCCAAGGAGAUCACCAAGGAGGCGGGUCGCGUUAAACUGGAGGCCAUGAGGGCUCGGGGCGAGGCUAACAAUUUGCAAUCGGCCACUAGUGCCACCAAUCAGACCCUUUCUGACCGAGCUAGUCGCUCGGAAAAUGCCAGGGAAAGGGCCAAGCAACUGCUACAGAGGGCCUCAAAGCUAACCGUGGACACCAAUGCCAAACUGAAGGAUCUGAACGAUCUGCAGACCGUCUACCUGAACAAGAACCAGCAGCUGCUCAGGCUGCAGGACGAGAUUGCACCCUUAAACGCGGAGCUCCACGAGCACCUGAUACACAUCAAGGAGCGGGGAUCGCACUACAGGCAGUGCUAUACGUAGACCGGGAGAAAUUCGUUUACGCGGCCAUUUUAAUUGCCAUAUUCAUGAACAAAUAAGCAAACUGCGAAUUAUAAGAAGCAAGUAAACACCUACAGCAAUAACAACAGCAAGAACUGGAAAGAAAGCAGUUAUUCUGUAAUCACUGUUAAGAUACCGUUACGUUUUGUACUCUAAGCGAAAACCAACACUGCAAUGUUAAUUUUAAAAAUUGAGCGAAAGAAAUCGAUGCCUUCACUUUUAUUGUGUACACACUGAGCUAAGUUUUUCUUAUACUAUCCCUAUACCAUUUUGUAAUGCAAUUAAUGUAAUUAAAUAAAACUACUUAAAUGUGGAAAAA